AGGUGUGGGCCCUCGAGACAGGAACAUGCGGCAUGGAUGCCGAAGGCUGCGGCUCUGGGGCUUGCCGUCGGCUAAACCGACCAGGGAAGCGCCUCAGUGCGGGAGCGUCGAAGCGUGUGUGCACGGCUUCCCGGGUAGAAAGCAACCAGAGAAGCCUCGGUGCUCGCGUUUGCCCGCGCGGCUAACGAGAGCUGGGGCGGGGGCGUGGCCUCGCGCGGGCUCUCGGACUCCGAUUGGGUGAGCGUGCUUUGGUGGAGGGGCGUGGCCUCGCGCUUCCGGGAAAGCCCUGGGGGCGGGGCCGCGGCCACGGCCGUCAGUGUGUUGCGCUUGUGAGGGGCGUGGCCCGCGCGGAGCUCCCGGCGCUCGGAGGCCAGUGCGCAGGCGCUGGGGGCGUGGGUUGCGCUGUUGGUUUCGCGUGGUGGCGCAGCUGUGGCCGGAGGCGUUGCGUGGGUCGAACUCGCGGGGACGCAGGUGAUGGGGAGCGUAAAGAUAGGGGAGUCCGUGAGAGCGCGGGGCUACGCUGGGUCUGCGGCUGUGGGGCCAGUGGGCCUGGGGUUGGUAAGGUGGUCGGUGCGUGGGCGCAGUGGCGCCCAUCGGGCCGCCCGCGGGUCGCGUCCUGGUCCCUGUGCGGGCGUGGGAGCCUGGUUAGUUGUUCGGGCUGGGAAGCCCGGAAGGCGGCGCAGAACCGUGGCCGGAGCUGAUCAAGUGGAUGGGAGGUGAAGUGGUCAGCACCUGCCUGGGGAUUGCCGGGACGGUGAGACGUCACCAAUGAUACGUCAUCGCCGACUGACGUCAUCAAGACGAGAUGACUGCAGACCCCUUUCUCGCAAAGCCUGAGCAGCGGGGCCAGGACCCGCGGAUAGUGGGUCCUGGAGAUGGGGUGGACUUCCCAGGCCCUAGCCAAGCACUUGUCUCACCUGGCCUGGCCUCUGCCCCUAGGUCGUGCCCUUCAUAACGGGACGCCCUGGGGGAUGCAGUUGGGGGGGGGGAGCAGAGAGCAUCGGCACUCCCCCAGCUGGCCUUGCGUCUCUUCACAGGAGCCCUCAGAGUCCCACUGAAUUUUCCCUGUCUGGUCACCGGCAUCCUCCGCCCUGCAGAAACUGCCUGUUGUCUGGGCCCCGGGCUGGAGUGAGCAAUGGAAGGUGAUUGCAUUCCCGUCCCGUUGUGGCCUGACAGAUUGCCAGACUCCACAGCUCCAGACUGCAUGACCCUGCUUACCAGUGUUCCGUCCUCCUGAGUGGCCUGACAGGAUGCCUCCUGCACACAGGAAGUCCCGAUCCAAGGCACCAGUGACAUUUGGGGACUUGGCCGUACACUUCUCCCGGGAGGAGUGGGAGUGGCUGAGCCCCAUGCAGAAGGAUCUGUAUGAAGAUGUCAUGUUGGAGAACUUCCGGAACCUGGUCUCUCUUGGUCUGUGCUGUCGGAGGCCAAAUGUGAUUGCCUUACUGGAGAAGGGAAAGGCGCCCUGGAUGGUAGAGCGGAGACGCUGCCGGGGUCCUGACUCAGGGUCUAAAUGUGCGACCAAGAAGUUACCGCCAAAGGGGCCCAGCAAGGCUGGGCCACGCCUUCAUCAGAAGCCAGGGUCUUGUCCGAGAAAGGGGCUGGCCAGGAGUCGGAGCUCAGACCGCAGUUCAUCCCGGAGAAAGCCCCAGAGGGGGCCUGUGGGGAAGGGGACACUGGGGCGCCGGGGCCCCCGCGCUGCCGCCCUGCAGUGCGGGGCCUGCGGGAGAGGCUUCGGCCGGCUGGUAUCCCUGCUGCUCCACCGGGGGCUGCACCAAGGGGAGCCAGGCUGGGGGUGCGACGCCUGCGGGGAGCGCUUCUCCAGGAGGACCACCCUCCUUCUCCAUAGGAGAAGUCACAAGGGAAAGGCGUCUUCUGACCCCGGGAAGGCCUCGGGCCCAGGCCCGCCUCUCGGAGCUCACCGCUGGGUCUAUGCGGAGCGUGCCCGCGGGCGCGGGCCCGGCGGGGAAGCCUUCCACCCCACGGUGUCCCGUGUUCGGCAGAGGGCAGCGCAGACGUGCAGUGCGCGUGCGCGAGGGCUCCGCCCGAAGUCAGCCCUGGCGCGCGCGCGCACUCCCGCCGUGGAGGCCGGCCGUCAGCGCCCCUCGGAGAAUCCCUACCAGUGCGGAAGGUGCGGGCGGUCCUUCGGGGGCGUAUCGGCCCUAGUGCUCCACCUGAGAGCUCACGCCUCAGGAAAGCCGCACGCGUGUGACCCGUGUGGGACGGGCUUCGGGCGGCUCUCCGCUCUCGUGGCGCGCACGCGGGCGCACCGCGCGGAGGGGCGGGGCCGGGGUCCAAACCCGCGCGCCGUCAGGGUGCCGCGCCCCGAGGACCACGGCCGGACUAGGAAGCGCCUGGAGUGCAAGGACUGCGGGAAGGUGUUUUCCAGAACCGCGAACCUGAAGAUCCACCGGAACAUCCACUCCGAAGAGAAGCCCUUCAAGUGCCCCAAGUGCUGCAAGGUGUUCGGGCGCCAGUCCUUCCUGGUGGAGCACCAGAGGAUCCACACGGGGGAGAAGCCAUACCAGUGCGAGGAGUGCGGGAAGGCCUUUAGCCACCGCAUCUCGCUCACGCGGCACCGGCGGACCCACACGGAGGACCGGCCCUACGCAUGCGCGCAGUGCGGGAAGGCCUUCAGCCAGAGCGCGCACCUGGCGCAGCACGAGCGCAUCCACACCGGGGAACGGCCGUACUCGUGCCCGGCCUGCGGGAAGGCCUUCGGCCAGCGCACGUCCCUCAUCCUGCAUGAGCGCAGCCACACCGGCGAGCGGCCCUACCCGUGCCGCGAGUGCGGGAAGGCCUUCAGCAGCGGCUCGGACCUCAUCCGGCACCAGAGGAGCCACUCCGCGGAGAAGCCCUACGAGUGCGGGGCGUGUGGCAAGGCGUACAGCCGCAGCUCGUCCCUCAUCCGCCACCAGAGCAAGCACGCCGCGGAACAAGCCUAAGGGGCCUUCUCCCGCUGAGAUCCAGGCUCGCCCGGGCGAAGCGGGAGCCGGGGAAUGCGCAGUGCGCCUUGGCCUCUGCGGACCGCCCAGUGACGUGCAGCAACGUGGCUGGCGGUUUGACGAACAUCUGCUGAGCACACACCG